AUGAGGAUGACAGCUCUCCUCAAAAGAGAAUCCUAUGAUUUUUGUUUGGCCAUAAGAAUUUUACAAGGCCUUCGAGAACAAGUCGUUACAAAUACGCCACCUGAUUAUGUGGAGCUUUAUAAAGAGUGUUGGGAUGGUGAACCAAAUAAUCGACCAGAUAUGGAGCAAGUAGUAACAAGAUUGAAAGAAAUAGUAAAGGCUUCAAAUCAUCAAAUCAGUGAUCCAGGUCUUAAUUUUAACCUUGGCAUUAUUUCUGACAAGUUAUUUUUUAUGCUACAGUACUUUUAUAAGAUGUAUUCUUCUACAACUGAACCGGAAAAGUCUUUGGAACUAUCGACCAAUUCUUUUGCUUCAAUUAGUAAUUUAUCGCAAUCCAUUCAAAGUUUUGACACGGAAGAUUCGACUGAAUACACAACAAUAAAAUCAGACUGGCAUCGGGAUUCGGUUAAUAUUAAUAAUGAUACAUUGCAAGAAGAUCUAUCACAAUCCGAUCUGAAUUUUACUAAAGAGUCAACCGAACCUGCAACGAUAAAAUCAAAUGGACAUCAGGAUUCUGUUAAUAUCAUAGUGCAAGAAGAUAUAUCCCAAUCCGAUCAGAAUUUUAACGCAACGAUAGAAUCAGAUGGACAACAGGAUUCAAAUAAUGACUCAAGUAAUGACUCAUCACAAGAACAACCAAUAAAAAAACCAAGAAGAAAAUCUUUUAAAAGCUUCUUAAACAUUUUUCAUAAAAAAAGUUUGGUGACGUUAAUUGGUGAAACGAUAGACGUGAUCAGCAAAAUUACAAACGAAGUAAAAUUUGGAGAUGAACAAAAGAAUGCUUUGCUAAAUCAUUUUACUAUUAGCAAAAUUAAAAAAAUUUAUACCACAGUUUUAAAUGAUCAAAACAACACGAACAAUGUUUUUUUAUUGGGAUAUUUUAACUGUUUAGGAAUUGAAACAGAUGAAGAUCAUGAUAAAGCAUUUAACUUAUUUUCUAAUGCGUCGGAACAAGGUCACAUACUAGCAGGAUAUUAUGUUGGAAUAUGUCAUCAUCAUGGAAUUGGAACGGUUAAAAACGAAAUAUUAGCUUUCAAAUCUUUUGAAAAAGUUGCUAAUGAAGAUUUUACAGCGGGACAACUGGAAGUUGGUUAUUUUUACGCAAAAGGAAUUGGUGUUCAAGAAGAUUCGAAAAUGGCUGCUGAUUGGUAUAACAAAGCUAGUAGGAACUCAAUUCAUGGUCGUUCUUAUAAAAGAUGGAGGGGCGCCAACUUAUCCUCUCCUUAG